AUGGCGGAUUCACAACCUAUUAUUACUUACUGCAUCGAAUACGCAGAGACGCAACUGUCCAAAUGUGCCGACUGUCAAAAGGUGAUUCCUCGAAACUCGCUUCGUGUCGGCCAAGUGUUUCGUAAGAACAAAUCAGAAAAGAAGCGCAAUGCAAAGCACACAUGGUGGCAUUUCAAGUGCUGGGAAGUGCCUGAACUGGUGACAAAGAUACCAAUUGAAUAUUUCAGAGGCUAUCCCUCCAUCCAAGAAAAAGAUCAAAAACGUGUGCAAAGAGUGAUCAAGGCCGGUAAAGGAACGUCAUGGAUGAAGCUGACUGCAAAGAACAAGGAAGCGGAAAAGGCAGCGGAACAAGCCGAGGAAGGAGCUGAGCCAGCGGAUCAGAAUGAGCAAAAGAAGAAGAAGAAAUCCAAGGCUAAGGAUGAAGAGAUCAAAGAUGUGGAUAUGACGGACGCGUUAACGGGUGUACAGACAUCCAAGAAACCCGAAACCGAACAGAAGGAAACUGCGAAAAAGGAGAAAGCGCCUGCGAAAUCCCCAAAGUCAAAGGUGGUAAAAGCAACCAGCGAGAAGAAGGAAUUGAAACCCAAAACAAACGAGAAGAACAAAGUAACCAAAAAGACGUCCAAAGUCCAAAAGGAAACCGCCCCCGUCAAGAACAUCACAUUACCUCAAGCCGAUCAACUGGAACUUCAAAACAUUGCGUCUGAAAUUCAAGCAAGUUUGAAGAAUGAGGCCAAGAACAAGAAGAAGAAAUCGGCAUAA